GUCACGGUCCUCCUCUGUGAAGGAAUGCAUUGUAUCAUGGAGCCAUUACCACCCUGCCAAGCGCUGCUGCUGUCUGAUGCAGCACAGUCCAUCAGCUCACAGGCGCAGCUGAUUGAUCGAUAGACCACUUAGCAGCCGCGAGGUACACACUUCCCAGUCACUUGACCUGCAGGCACCGUGGGAAUGGGAACACAACCUGAUAAGCAUUGAGCCACUGAACCAAAUUCGCCAGACUGACAACUUAAGGAACUCCCCCCCACUUCAAGAUGACGCGGAAGCUCGACAGAUCAGAUUUCCCCUCCUCACCUGACUGACCCAUGAAAGAAGCGAUGCCGGUUCUGUCCGCUGGAACAGGGCUGCAUGAAACGCUAGCCCUGCUGACCUCUCAGCUGCGGCCCGAUGCCAACCACAAAGAAGACAUGGUCUUCCUCAAGGACGUCUUCAGUGAGAGGAGUUUGGGAUACCUCAUGAAGAUACACGAGAAGCUGAGACAAUACGAGAGACAAAGCCCCACGCCGGUCCUGCACAGCGCCGCCUCUCUGGCUGAAGAUGUGGCAGAAGAGCUGCAGACUGGACCAAUGAGCACAGAGGAGAAGGAACUGCUGCACCUGCUGACGUCACCACAUCUGAAGGCUGUCCUCUCCGUGCACGACACUGUGGCCCAGAAGAACUUUGACCCGGUGCUGCCUCCGCUGCCCGAUGACUUUGAGGACGAGCUGGACGAGGAGUCUGUGAAGAUUGUCCGACUGGUGAAGAACAAGGAGCCUCUGGGAGCAACAAUCAGACGAGACGAAUCAACAGGAGCAGUGAUCGUGGCCCGGAUUAUGAGAGGCGGUGCUGCAGAUCGAAGCGGUUUGGUCCAUGUAGGUGAUGAACUCAGGGAAGUCAACGGAGUUUCUGUGAUCCACAAGAGGCCCGAUGAGAUCAGUCAGCUGUUGUCCCAGUCCCAGGGCUCCAUCACUCUAAAGAUAAUCCCAGCCAUCAAAGAGGAGGACAGACUGAGGGAGAGCAAGGUAUACAUGAGAGCCUUGUUUGACUACACCCCUCUGGACGACAAGGCCACACCGUGCCAGGAAGCGGGACUUCCCUUCAAACGGGGGGACAUCCUGCAGGUUGUGACGCAGGACGAUCCCACGUGGUGGCAGGCCAAGCGCGUGGGAGACAGCAACCUGCGGGCCGGACUGAUCCCGUCCAAACAGUUCCAGGAGAGGCGACUGGCCUACAGGAUGAAAAUGGGCACACUACCGAAUCCAAAAUCCCCUAAAAAGCCUGCUUCCGAAGGAUGCGACAAAGGUUUCUUACCCAAUGCUUACCCCCCUCUCUACCCUGCUUGCCUCCCUACAGAGGACUGUGACUGUGAAGGCUAUUUCAAUGGACAGUACAUAGAAAGCCAGGCCAUAGUCUCUUCUAAGUGUAAAGCAGUGGCGCCCUCCUGUGGCCAGGUGUUUUCCUGGGAAUUUUAUUCAGCUGGUUUACGGAGGAGCUUCCGGCUGAGUCGGAAGGAUCGACAGGGGUCAUCGGGAGAGGGCUCGGAGCUCGGAGAGACAGAUUUUCUGACCUAUGAGGAGGUGACCCGCUACCAGCAGAGGUCUAAUGAGCGACCACGCCUAGUGGUUCUGAUCGGUUCUCUUGGAGCGCGGAUCAAUGAACUGAAGCAGCGGGUCAUAGCUGAAAACCCACAUCGCUAUGCUGUAGCCGUUCCACAUACGACAAGGCCUAGGAAACCUCAUGAGAAGGAUGGUGUGGAGUACCACUUUGUCACCAAACCGCAGUUUGAUGCAGACGCUUUAAACAACAAAUUUAUAGAACAUGGGGAGUAUAAAGAGAACCAGUACGGCACCAGCAUAGAGGCCAUCCGCUCUGUACAAGCCAAGAAUAAGAUGUGUAUUGUUGAUGUGCAGCCUGAGGCCCUGAAGAGGCUACGAACUGCAGAGUUCAAGCCGUACGUCGUAUUUGUCAAACCUCGAAUCCCGGAGAGCCGACGUCGCCGCAGUGCAGCCACCUCACCAGGAGGGGGAGAGCAUGGCCGUCUUACGGAUGAAGACCUCCAGGAAAUGCGUCAGUCUGCCAUUCAGAUCGAUCAGCAGUACGGACACCUGGUGGACCGCGUCCUGAUCAAGGAGGACUCAGCCAGUGCUUGUACCGAAUUGCAAGGCAUUUUAGAAAGACUGGAACGCGAUUCUUUCUGGGUGCCUCUCAGCUGGGUGCGGACCUAAAGCCAACGCCCCCAGGAAAGUCGUCUUGAGGCAUCCCACCCAACUCUUGCACUGGUCUUCUCAUGAGCCAAUACCUCUAUACCCCAAGGCUACUGGCCAACCCACAGUCUACUGAACUGCGGCCAUCUAAUUUACAGCAGCACAACAAGCAGAUGAAGUCAAGGAAAUACCUCAGUUUUGCAGCAGGCUGACCAUUUGAUUGCCUAAGUUCCCAAAGUAAUAAGUACUUUAGCAUGUUACAUUUAUGCACAUUUGGUUUCAUAUUACCAAUAACUUUUUUUUUCAAAUUGUGUGUAUAUUCAGAAGCAUUUAAUAGUGAAAUAAGGUUUGUACUUAACUGAAUUCCAGUCCAAAAAGGAGAGCAGAUGAAAUAAUCCCAGUUUUUCUGGAAGACAAAAGUGUCAAAUUAGGUAUUUUAAAAGUGAUAAAGUUUACAGCAUGACCAGUGACUUUUUGACAAGUUAGCAUUUUAAUUAUAGUUACCGUUCACCUAAAUUGCAUCUGGUGAUCUUUUCUGGAAAUGGGGGAAAGUUGCAUUUUAGACCUGGACCAUUUCUAAAACAUUUUAUCCCUCACUCUGUUGAACUCUACAGCAACAUGUCAGCUUUUAGUAGCAUGAUUUUUUUUUAAGUUCUACAGCUUUAUUAAAACAGCAGCUGCUGAAAGCUUCCGGUUUACUCCUGCUGCCCAUGCAUCCUCUACAGAGCCUGUCGCGGAAUCCACCGCAGAAAAGGAAGGACAAAGACGUCUGACACUUCAAAGCUACAGCUAAAUCAUUAAGUUCCAGACAAGGAAAUGUCCAGGUGGAACGGGAGGAUGUUUCCAGGGAACAGGUUUUAGAAAGUGCAUGGCGACAGAUUACUUACUCUCAGAUGUAAAAAAAAAACUGUAAAUGUUACUCCUGGUGUGCCAACGAACGAUGUCGUAGCACUUCAAUGCAACCUGUUUACCUUUGUCACUUUGACUGUAAAACGUUGUGCACAUGUUUUCUGUGAAUGGGUGUUGCAGUGUGUGUUUUGACAUACGUUAUGUUGUCCCUUUUGCAAACUCGAAUGGAUUUUGUACAGUUUCUUGAAGAUAUCUGUAUUUUUGGCUGAAGAACAGAUGUUUGAACUGAAGAACUUUUUAUGCAGAACGUCGGUGGACUUCGUUUUUCUUUUUGUUCCACAGGUCAAACAAGACUUUAAUAGGACAGAGGAAAGGAACAUUUGUAGCAACUAAGAACUUUUCUUUGGCAUGCCAGUACUAUAUUAAAACUUGAAAGAUCUGAAUACAGACACGAAGCAGAUCAGGAAUAAACACAUUUUGUGUUGAAUGUGCGCAUCAAACACUUUCCAGAUCACAUUUGGUAACUUGUUUUUGUCACAUGCAAUGAUGUUCGAGCUGUGUGAAUUAAAAUCGAGAAUGUUGACUUUGUAACCUGUCAUGUACAAAGUGCCAUAAUAAAAGGAAGCUGACUGAAACUUUCA